AUGGAAAUUUAACAUAUGUCCUUCUGGGACAAUGCCACAAACUGAUCAUUCUCUUCAAUCAAGGAGCUCAGACUGUCGAUUUUUCAUGGAGAACCAAUACCACUUCUUCCCUGACCCUGAAACUAAUGAGAAAUCUGAAUGCUGUUCCUUUUGUUUAAAGUCCAAACCUUUUUGAGACCAUUUCUUUCUCACCUGCUUCUUUCUUUGAAAACCUUUUUUACAGCCCAACAAGCACAGUUUGUAACUUCAUAUUAUCAAUUCAGGAACUUAGUGUUACUGGAAGUUAAUUUUAUUGGCAUCAUGCUCAAACAAGUUCUAAGAAAACUCCCUCGGAAGUCGCAAAGAUCCAACUCUUUAGAUUCAGCUGGGACUGAAUCUAGUGAACGCACCUCCAACACAGACGAUGGAGUUCAAUGUAUGAAUUUCGGGAAUAAAAUAUCAAGUCGGCUACGUGUUGUUAAACGGGUGUCCUCAGUCGUUUUUCCUGCUAGCAUUGUGGCUGGAUCAGAGGCAGUGGAGCCGAAUCUGGCUUUCAACGAUGUUUCAAAUCCUCAGAAACCGUACCUGUUUAUCAGUAAAUUGAACCUCUGCUGUGAGGUUAGCAAUUCCAGUGAUCCCGAUAAAACUGCCGUCGAGCAAGAUCUUAAACGCCAAACAUUGAUAGAGCUUGUCGAUUUCGUUUCUUCGGGGUCCGCAAAGUUCAACGAGUCAGCAAUUGCUGCAGUGUGUAAAAUGUGUGCCCUUAACCUGUUCAGAGUUUUUCCACCUAAAUAUCGCUCUAAUACCGCUAGUGGUGAAGCAGACGAUGAAGAGCCAAUGUUUGAUCCUGGCUGGUCCAAUUUGCAACUUGUAUAUGAUCUACUUCUUCGGUUUAUCGGUUGUAGUUCUCUUGAUGCAAAGGUGGCAAAGAAGUACUUAGAUCAUUCUUUUAUUUUGAGACUACUUGACCUAUUUGAGUCCGAGGAUCCCCGAGAAAGAGACUGUUUGAAAACAAUUCUGCAUGGGAUUUAUGGGAAAUUCACGGUACACAGACCAUUUGUACGAAAAGCUGUUAGCAAUAUCAUCUAUAGUUUCGUAUGCGAAACCGAAAGGCAUAGCGUUUUCGUAUGUGAAACCGAAAGGCAUAACGGUAUUGCUGAGCUCUUGGAGAUUUUCGGAAGUAUUAUCAGCGGAUUUGCUUUACCAUUGAAGGAGGAGCACAAGAUGUUUCUAUGUCGAGCCCUCAUUCCUCUACACAAACCGAAAUAUAUGGGUGCUUAUCAUCAGCAAUUAACUUACUGUAUUGUACAGUUUGUAGAUAAGGAUCCGAAGUUAGCUAAUACCGUGAUUACAGGACUGUUAAAGUACUGGCCGGUUAGGAAUAGCCAAAAGGAAUUGAUGUUUAUAAGCGAAUUAGAAGAGAUUUUGGAGAUGACUGGCAUGGCUGACUUCCAAAAGAUCGCGAUUCCACUGUUCCGGCGUAUUGCGUGCUGCUUAAACAGCUUUCAUUACCAGGUGGCUGAACGAGCCCACAUGAUAUGGAGCAAUGAGCGCAUCCUUAAUCUUAUCAGGCAUAACCGUCUGGUGAUUUUCCCUCUCAUCUUUCCAGUCCUUGAACGGAAUUCCCUGAAUCAUUGGAACCAAACAGUGCUUAACCUAACAAAAAACACGAGAAAGAUGUUGGUCGAGAUGGACGAAGAGCUCGUGCUUGCUUGCGAGUGUAAGUUGGAGGAAGAGAACUCCCAAUCAAACGAGGCUGCCGAGAAGAGGAAACUAACAUGGGAAUGCCUGGAAAUAGCUGCCGGUGUCAAACCUGCAGCUGCGAACAUCGUCGCUUCUGCAGAACCGGCUGCAUGCGCUGUUGCCUGUUAACCACCGGGGUUAAUUUGUCCGUGAAAGGAAA